AUCGAGUUUCAUUUCACUCUCACAUUCAGCCAACUCUAUUGCACACAAUGACUUCAUACGCGGAUCGCGGCGCCAAGCCUGAGGUCGGCCGAUACCUCGCCUUCGAUCACAUCACCUUCUGGGUUGGAAACGCCAAGCAGGCUGCGGCAUACUACUGCCUGCGCUUUGGAUUCAAGCCGAUCGCAUACGCUGGCCUCGAGACGGGCUCGCGCGAGGUCGUCUCGCACGUCGUUGCGCUGAACAGCGUCGUCUUUGUCUUCCAGUCGGCGCUCAACCCCAGCGACCGCGCAAUGGGUGACCACCUCGUCCUCCACGGCGACGGUGUCAAGGACGUGGCCUUCCUCGUUGAAGACGCCCGCGGCAUUUACGAGAAGGCCAUCCAGCGCGGCGGCAAGUCUGUGCGCGCCCCAUACGAGCUCACCGACGCCAACGGCACGGUCGUGCUCGCCACCGUCCAGACCUACGGCGACACCACCCACACCUUUGUCGACCGCACCAACCACAAGGGCGGCGCCAACUUCCUCCCCGGCUUUGCCAAGCCCGUUUUCGUCGACCCCUUGCUCGACAACCUGCCCGCCACCCACAUUGAGUUUGUCGACCACUGCGUCGGCAACCAGCCCGAUCGCGAGAUGGAGUCGGUCGCCUCGUGGUACGAGCGCGUCCUCCAGUUCCACCGCUUCUGGUCGGUCGACGAUACCCAGAUGCACACCGAGUACAGCGCUCUUCGCUCGAUCGUCGUUGCCGACUACGACGAGAAGGUCAAGAUGCCCAUCAACGAGCCCGCGGCUGGCAAGAAGAAGAGCCAAAUCCAAGAGUACGUCGACUACUAUGGUGGCGCCGGUGUCCAGCACAUUGCCCUCCGCACCGAGGACGUCAUUGCUUCGGUCUCUGCCCUCACCAAGCGUGGUGUCGAGUUCCUCUCCGUCCCGGACACGUACUAUGAAAACCUGCGCAUCCGUCUCGCCUCCGCCUCCAUCAAGGUCGCCGAGAACCUCGAUGAGCUUCAAAAGCUCAAGAUUCUCAUCGACUUUGACGAGAACGGCUACCUGCUGCAAAUCUUCACCAAGCCGCUCGAGGACCGCCCCACUCUCUUCAUUGAGAUUAUUCAGCGCCGCAACCACCAGGGCUUUGGUGCUGGCAACUUCAAGUCCCUGUUCGAGGCGAUCGAAGCCGAGCAGGGCCGUCGCGGCAACUUGUAAAGCUCACACAAUCCGAGGCUGUUUGUGAUUGGAUGCACUGUCUAACCGGAACGAAAACAAAAAGAAAAGGGAUGCAGUGAUCGACACUUGUCUCACAAAAACAAAAAUCAAUAAACAAAAAUCAUUUGAAUUCAAACACAACAACAACUUUGCGUUUUGCCAUCCAUGAA